CAUUCAUGCUUCUGCCUGGAGUUUUGUGAGCAUCCAGGUUGCUUUACGGGAAAAGGCUGCUAUAAUUUAGUCUGGAACUGCCGCACUUCAGAGUUUUUCAUGGUUAUCAAUCCGUAUAAAGAAUCACCAAACGGGUACAGCGAGAACCAACUGCCAAAUCAGGCUGCGGAGACAACUGUGUAAUUCGCUUGAGAAAGAAACGGAGAACCUCUCAUGCAUACAGGAGAACAAUGUAUAUAAAAAUAUGCAAGAAUCACAGGAAAUCCACAUAUCCAACCACCUAGAUGGAAGUGUUGCUGCUGUCAGCGUAACGCCUAGAGAGAAGUUCCGCAACAAGCUGCCUCCGACAGCACUCUUCCAGCCUCCACGAGAGAAACUCCUUCUCUGUGAAGAGAAAGCGAAGUCCUAUUCCAGCAGUCAUGAAUAUAAACAGGCUAUCCGGGAGCUUGUGCGCUGUGUAGCCUUGACAAGAAUUUGCUACGGAGACUCACACUGGAAACUAGCAGAGGCGCAUGUUAAUCUGGCUCGGGGCUACCUUCAGCUGCAGGGGCUGUCACUGCAGGCAAAACAACACGCAGAAAGAGCCAAGGAAAUCCUCACCAGCUCCAUUGUGCCUCCUUAUGACGACAGCACCGAUGUUUUCAAGUGUUCGGUUGAGCUAUUCCACACCAUGGGGAGAGCCUUACUCUCCCUUCAAAAAUUUAAGGAAGCUUCAGAGAAUUUGGCAAAAGCAGAGAGACUUUCAAAGGAGCUGCUGCAGUGUGGAAGGAUUACGAGAGAAGAAUGGAUGGAAAUUCAAGCAAGGAUCAAAUUGUCAUUUGCACAGGUAUAUCAAGGUCAGAAGAAAACAAAAGAAGCUCUGCCCCACUACCAAGAGGCUUUAGAAUAUAUUGAGAUCCGCAAAGGUGAAGAAAGUCUUGAGUGUGUACCAAUAUUGAGGGAAUUGGCAGGUGCAGAACAAGCCCUGGGAUUUCACGACGCAUCCAUCGACCAUUUUUUGCAGGCCCAUCUCAUUGUCCUGAGCAAAAACCCCUCUCAAGAGGAGGCAGCGGUCUCUGCACACUUUGCCGCGCGUGCUGCCGUCACUUCUGGGAGACCCGAGCACCACGAUGUGGCUGAGCAGCAUUUUCAAGAGAGCAUGUCUAAUCUUAAGGAUGCUGAAGGGAUGGGAAAAGCCAAAUUUCUUUCCAUUCAGGAUGAUUAUUGCCAUUUUCUACAAGUCACUGGACAAAAAGAGAGGGCGACCUCCAUCCUGAGAGAGUCCCUAGAAGCCAAAGUGGAAGUGUUUGGAGAUCUCAGUCCCGAGGUGGCAGAGACAUACCGGCUCCUGGGCAGGGCUGACCUGGCGCAGGGCAACCGGAGCGGCGCCCAUAAGAAACUGAAGAAGUGUCUUCAGAUUCAGACCAUCUUAUACGGACCCCAGGACAGGAGGACUCAGGCCACCCAGAAGACCAUGGACAGCCUGUCCAAGUCCCCUGAGGUGGCCGCAAAGCCAAGGCAAGCACCGAGAGCCAAACCAGCCCUCUGCACCAGCGGGCCCCAGCGCACCAUGCUGGGCAGGGCCAGGCCCCCCGCAGCCGACUGAGCCCCACCCCGCCCCCAGAGAAAGCUUGGGUCAUGCCUGGGGGCUGGCAGGGUGCUGUACGAAUCUCUCUCUGACUAGAAGAUGGGAUUCAACCGGCACUGUAUUAGGUUUUCAAAGCUGACUGCUCCAACAUGCAACGGUGAUACCGUAAACCUCCCGUGUGGGCCACAUUUCUGACAGUGGAUGCCCCUCAGAGCGAUCUGAUGCUUCUACAAAGCAUUUUUCUUUUCAGAACCUGUGAUUUUUCUUGCCAACACAAUUUUUUUUUUUAUUGCCACUGAAAGGCUUCUUUUCCAAACUUCAGAACUUUUUGUGCAGAGAAGUAGACUCAGUCUCUGACUGUACAUAUAGAGCCCUUUGCACAGGUCUGGAGUCAGAUCUGGAGUGGUAAGAUUCUGGAAGAAGCCCUUUUUUAUAGCAAGGUAAUAGGGAUUGAAAAUAAAGUGAGAAUAAAGUGCUGAUAAAAGGAAAUUUGGAAGUUGGGUCAGCAUGUAUUUUUUGAACGAAGCCGGCCUCAGCAUUCUCCAGAGCAUGGGAAGGGGUGGGAAUCUUCUCUCCACUCCUGUACUCAGGCACUCACCGAGGAUGGCUGAGUGCCCAGUAGGUAUCGGGCCUGUGCUGAGAACAGGGGACACAGCAAUGAACACACGCUGUCCCCAUCCUCUCAGGGCAGCCAUCCAACCUGGACGCUAGUUAUUAAACACAUCAUGAUGUGAUUAGUUGAAGACAACAGAGGAAAAGAGCCCAGUACACUGGGGUGGGUGAUAAAUGGAUCUGAUCUGGCCCGGAAGUCAGGGGGGCAAGUGUAAGGGAUUGGAGGUGAGGCAGGGGAAGUGUGGCCACUCUGGAGCUUCUAAGCUGGCACGUCCCUUGGUCCCAUGCUCUCCCAGCUGUGUCCCCUGGUUGAGCUGGUGGGGUAGGGAGGGUGGAGCGGCUGAGCGCUCAUAUCCUGAGUGGUCUUCGUGUGGCAGAGGCGGGCGUCAUCACUGGAGAAUGGGACAGCAGAGUGGGAAGUCUUGAGCACCUUGCUCCAUGCUGUCAAUAAUGGCACUAGUGCUGGAGAGCGGUGGACAGGGCACAAGGAGGGUGGGAGGGGGUGUGGGCACUGUGCUGUUCCUUCCCCUCACCACCCUCAUGCCUGGGACCGCGGUCCAGCGAGGCUGCAGCUGGUGCUCGGACAGCAGCAGGAUGCAGCACAGGCCCCGUCCACGCAAAGGCCAGCAGGGAACUCCAUCUGUGCAGGGCG